AACAGCAACAGCAACAGCAACAGCAACAGCAACAGCAACAACAACAACAACAACAAUCAUCAAUCAUCAUGUCGUCUCCCGCCUGGUCAACCACGUAUAUGAUGCCUUCUCAAUCACCACCACCACCGACCACCAUGGAGUCUCCCGCGUGGUCAACUGGCUUCCUAUCGCCAGCAGCAAAGCAACCCGACCAACGUCCUCCCGGUGCCCAAGAGGCAGAUUUGAAGUAUCGGUGCCCAUCUCCUCCCCCUCCUCCUCCAACAGAGCCAUUUUUGCGUCCUGGCAUCGCGCCAUAUCAACCACCACCCUUCGGCAAGGGGCCCGAGGUGCCCAAGAAGCCCGCCCCGAAGUCAAUCCUCAAGAAGCAUCCUCGGAUGCCCCAAGACCCGCUGGCGCCACCCAAGAAGGCCAAGCGAGUACGAUUCUUUUACAGAAUCGAAUUUAUCAAAACGACCGAAGAGUUGCUAGAAGAGAAGCGCAGGGAGGAACGAGACGUGGAACGAGCAGCCGCACGGCGGAGGAAACGCGAAGUGGAGAGGCAAAGGAGGGAGAGGGCCGAGCUCAGCAAACAGAGACGCAUGCAGAGGGCUAGACCUAGGUGA